AUGAGGAAUGGUGUCCCGGCGACGCCUGAGGAGCCGCACAACACCAUCGACCGGGACUCGCUAUGCUUUGCCUGUCCCGAGCCCGAUGUGGUCCUCCACGCCGGCCAGCCUGGCUUCCACGACGGCCUGCUGCACCUCUACGAGCCUGCAGAAAGCAAGGCCGCUGAGCAACUUGUGCAGCUGAAGGACCGUCUCCGCCGCACCAAGACGGAGGAUUUUUUCGAGGUCGUCACCGAGGGCCUGGCCCAGAUCUUUGGCGCCCAGUAUGCCUUUGUUUCCAAGCGCAUCGUCGUCGACGACGAUAACGUCGCCGUCGAGAUGCCGCCCAUCGGAGAGCCCGGAUCGUGUUUGAUGGGAGCAGCUUUCUACGUGAGCGACGGGCACGGCAUACACCACAAAUUCAAGAACUUCAAAUAUCACGCCUACUCGUGUCCAUGCGCUUACAUGAAGCACGACAAGAUUUUCAUCGUCCCGGAAAGGCUGAACGAGUUUGUUCCCGACAAUCCCAAUGACCUCGCCAUCCCUGGAGAGGCUUACUUGGGCGUCCCUCUUUGCGCCGAAGGGAAGUGCUUCGCUCAUUUUGGUGUCAUGUGGUCCCCGGAAGGCGCGGCGAACAAGCAACUUCGCUGGUCUUAUAUGGAGAUGAUCUGCCAUGCUCUGGAAGACAUGAUCCUGGACAGAUUAUUAGAAGGAAAAAGGUUCGCCACUGUGCCAGCGCCGGAUCUGAGGCCAUCCAAGGUUAUCCCUCACGAGGCAGUCACCGUUGCCCAAUCACUAAAGCCAUACGCACGGAGCCUUUCCCAUGAGCUGAGGACACCAAUGCAAGGAGUAGUCGGCAUGCUAGAUGUCAUGUAUGCCACAGUCCAAGAAGCGGUCGAGGGCCAUGGCGACAGUGCUCUUAGGAAGGUUUUUGAAAGCUUGAAAGGAAACAUAGAGGUGGUGCAGGACAGCUCGAGACGGGCGGUGGAGGCAGCAGACAAUGUCGUUCAUGCCUACGACAUGAACAUGGGCGUCCCCGAAUCGCCGGAAUCCGUCAUGGAUGAAGAUAAAAUGGACAUGUGUCCGGAGACACAGCCGGAUAUUGUGGUAUCGGGGAACCACAUGACACUGGGACUUCACGGGCAUGGAAGCAAGAGAAGGAGAGACAGUAACCCUUGGGAUUCCAAGAAGAAUUCGAAGAUCCACGCAACAGAGGCACAGUGGGCCACGCGAUCGAAGGUCGAUAUCCCUCCGGCACCGGACAGACGCCACUCGAACCCUAGCGACCACGCAUCCACAGCCAGUUCAGACAGCUUUUCGUCGAUAGCCGUGGGGAACGUGGCCCGGAGAACGCCACCAGCAACUCCAAACUUUGCCUCGGAAAGCACCGUCGUGCCGGGUCUUCGGCAUGCAAGCAUACGAGAUGUGAUCCAGUAUGUCAUCAAUGACUCGCUCAAGCUGGGAGGAAGACCUGAGUCAGCUAUUGCGCAUGAGACGGACGGCGGAGAGACGAUUGAAGUGUCGAUAAAGGACUUUAGUGGUGCACAGAGAGUUAAGAUGAUCGAGUGGUCCGUGGACAGCGCCAUCCCGGACACCAUACUCAUCGACGAGAGAGAUCUCGCCAAAAUGAUCUCAUGCGUCUUCUUAAAUGCAGUCAAAUUCACUGAAGAGGGUAGGAUAAGCCUGACGGCUCGACUGAACACGACGCUCAAACAUCGAUACAUUGUCAUCAAAAUCGAAGACUCCGGCACCGGGAUUCCUGAGGCCUUCAUUCCCAACCUGUUCAAAGCAUUCUCGCGAGAAGACGACUCGUUGACUCGCCAGAGCGAAGGCCUCGGCUUAGGGCUCCUUGUGGCCAAAGGUCUGGCCCGAAAGCUGGGAGGCGACCUCUUCUGCACUCGCUCAGAGACGUCAGGGCCCAAUCGGGGGUCGGAAUUUGAGAUCAGAGUGCCUCUCCACCCCGGUGAAGUAGUCAGCCGGCCAAGUACACCUAUGGGGUCGAGAUCGCCCUCGGCCAAACCAAGAACGCGUUUGCAGAGUCCGCACACCUUGAACGACGUGCUAGGGACACCAAGCACCGAGACGCCUUCUCUCGGCUCUCAUUCGCCACUACCGCGAAACCCGUCGGCGCGGCCGUCUGAAGGCUCACCAGUGGAGCCCCGGGGACGUCCCGGCAUCCACAGGCGGCGCACGUCGAUUAAGAAGAAUAAUUCAUUCGACCGCGGGCUUGCACAGCGGCACCCACUCAGUUUCUUGGUUGUUGAGGACAACAAGAUCAAUCGAAAGCUGCUUGUCAGCAUGUUGGGGAAGCUUGGGUACAAGUCGAUCCACGAGGCGUACGAUGGGACGGACGCGGUGCGGGAAAUGCGUGCACUGCGCGAGAAGGGCCAUCGGAUCGACGUGGUGUUGAUGGAUCUUUGGAUGCCGCUGAUGGACGGGUAUGAAUCGGCGAAGCGUAUUCUGGAGAUGCCGCUGGGACAGGCGCAGCCGAUGCAGCCCAAGAUCCUGGCGGUGUCUGCAGAUGUCACGGAUGGCGCGCUGGACCGCGCAGCCAAGGCCGGGAUGACGGGUUUCAUGACGAAGCCGUACAAGCUCAUGGACUUGGAGCGACUGAUCGUGCAGUACUGCGACAAAGAAGAGGCCGACGAGUCGAACAACACUCACGACGAUGACGGAGCGAAAGGGGCCCGCCAUGUCUGA